CACAGAGCAGGGAUGCUGUGUGCGAGCUAAACCAUAUCGGAAAAUUACUUGGCCUGUUUGUUUUUGCUUUUGGGCAUGGCGAGGGGGGGAACAAGGCAGUAUUUUUGCUGAUGUUCAGCCCCCUCUUUCUAGAAGAUACAACUCAAUUUAAGUACCCUUUACCGGACACCGACUCGCCAGAUCACACCCGUCGCUCCCAGUCAUGCGGACCUGCCGAACGCUGAGGAAGUUGGAGGCCGCACUUGCUCGCUGCCACCGGUAAGACAACACGGAAAGAGUAACUACUCUCGCUUUUACUGCAGCUGCUCCGAUUCGACCAAAUGCUGAGUGAUCUGCGGUGGAGGGAAUCUGAGCAAGAUAUCGGCCUCUCACCAAAAGGAGAACUCGUGAUGAUGGGCAGUGAUGAGACCAAAUGAAGGAGAGGCGGGAAGCUUUAAACGUACAGCAGCCUGGCUGGGAAUGCACACAAGCCCUGCUGCUUCAUCCAACACAGCAGAUCCAGAUUUACCGAGCACAUCUUCAUGCUUCAUGGUUCCUCGUGAGAUCCCACUUCACAUUGACUUUAUUUUCCCCUAUGGGUGAGCUGGAUUGAAGGGAACGAAUGGAUGAAAGGGAGAGAAUCCUCGAGCACUGAGUACAAAAGCAAGCGCUCGAAAAACCCUGGCCAAACGAGAAUUGACUUUCCCCUCUGACUUCCAUAAAACGGGUGCGACCGACCGGAAUCAUGAACUUUUUGGACAAUGUGUGCACGAGCGGCACAGGAAAGAUGCCGGGACGUUCGAAGCAUGUGGAUAGUUUUAGCGACACUUCGAGCGUGGGGAGUGGCUUGGACGAGGCGGACAGGGAGGUGAGCAGUCUGACCGAGCGGGCCUUCAAGAGCCUGUGCGUUGCCGAGGAAGGCAUGUGCCACGACUCGGACGAGGUUCCUUCGCCUUGUGGCAAUUAUCCGAGCGGGCGUCCGUGCUCGGAAAGAAGAAAGGGCUGCCCCAGCGAAACCAAGAAGUGCAGCGCGCCGCCCGCGCCCGUUAAAAAGCGACCGAAGGAUUUACCCGAAACAUUCCAGGAGUCAGCGGCGCAGAGCCUUGCCCUCGGACAGAGCAUGGGCGCCAAACACAUCACAGGCAACGGUUUUGUGAGCGAGGCUGUGGGUUCGUGUUGGAAGUCUGGUAAGCAGAAAGUUGCUUCUUUGAUCGAGGCAUUUGAUCAGAAUGAAAGGAAUUCUGCCCAACACCUCAUGUUGAGUACCAGGGGGCACCAUAAAACAUCAGAGGGGAGCAGGGCUAUUGAAGACCUGGCACAUUGGGACACGUCGGCUAUCAUCAACAUGCACAAGGAACUGAGCAGCUUCUCAGCGACUUGUCAGGAGAACUAUUGGUUGAGUAAGCAAGAAGCACAGGAAAAGGGCAGCAAGUGGAGCCCAAUGGGACGAAAGAGAGACUCGCAGCUCAGAAAGCAUCUUCGCCUGCCUGAUAUGGCAGCUCUGAAACACUGCACUAACAGGCUGGACCAAUGCAAGUCCGAAAAAGCGAACAAAAUGAAGCAACUGGCUUCCAAGAACAGCUUUCUCCACAGCGAAUACAGUGCGUUCAGGUCGUGGCAAGACCACAGCAAGUGCAUGUUUGAGAACGAGGAUUGUAUGGAGCAACUGAACCACCUGGAGCCCAACGUACAGAUGCAGAGCUUCUGCGACGGAGCCCUCAGCUUCGGACAUCCGGACGUGCAAUCGCCAGUUGAGCACGCGGUGUCAGAGUGUUUGCCCGGCUGCAAAGAUCCGUGCGAACCGUGGGCUGUGCCUGUAGACUUUAACUCUGGUGCCAGAGAGAAUCACGUGGAAGAGUGCAAUUUGCAGGUGUUGGGAUUGGAUGGGAUUCGCUCCAAGGGAAACAGUGAAGAGAUUAGCCCUCAGCCAUUGAUAACGCUAAGAGAUGGACUGGGGGAAAAAUGGAGGGAUACGGCUAUGGUAAGGGAAGCACUUGAGAUCUCCAGAAAAGACCCCUGUUCCCCUAAAAGCCAAUGUGGGUCCGAUGUUAAGGUGAUAGACGAACAGGUGCCUCCCGCACAGAGUCCAACCUUCAGUAUUUCAAAACUUUUGAAGCCGAACAUUGUUCGCAACAUGGGUGAAGGCGACGCUUCGGAACGGCAGCCGAUCAUCGUGACACCUCCUCUCGUCCCCCUCCGCGCGGACGAAGCAAGGGGAGCAGCCGAGUGCAGGACGCGCGAGAGCUACAAAUCCAAGGCAUCCAGCCUCCUGUACAACCUCAAGGACGUCAGGAAGCUGGUGAAAUGCACGUACAGUUCCGCUCUCACCCCGCAGAGCCUUUCUGAGCAAAGCAAAAGGAAUGACUACUCUUUCUACGAUGAGCAACCGGGCCAUGAAAGAACAGCGUCAGUGCCUCCAGGGCUGGCUGUGGGGCAGAGCGAUCCUAAUACUUCCAAUGUUCAGGAAAAGCCGGAGAAAAUACCCAGUGUAUCAAUCCGCACCGCCUAUUCGGCCAGUAACCCAGCAGUAAAUCACACCGUUGAAUCUGACAUGUUUAAGAACGAUGACUAUCUCUGCCUGAGUUCACCUCAAACCAUUAAGGAGGCGGGGAGUUACCCCAGCUGGCGAGGGAGGAAUACAAGGCGCUCCCAGUCCGCAAUGGCCACGACAGACCAUCAGGUUCAGAGGGGUUCGGACACCAAAGUGGCACAUCACCCCAACAAGUCCACCGUGGGAAAGAAACCCAAGCAGCCUUCAUCGGACCCACAGGGCAAUUCUUCCCACUGGAACGUCAGAUCGGAAGAGGCAGAGGCAGUGAAAGGAAAGCCAGAGGAAAGGCUGGGCAAAGUCCAUCACCACACAAAACCCUCGCUUGGCCAAAGGGACAAAGAAACGUGCCACACCGAGAAACAUCACGUGAUGCGCAAUGAGCUGUUGGCCCAGAAGAGGGAAGAAGAGGUUCAGGCAUUGCCAAUGGACAACAAGGUCCCCACCAACAGGAUUCCUUCUCAUUCCACCAGAGAGGCACCAACACUAGGUUUGAAAUCAUCACAUCAGUCUUACUUUGCCUUGCUGGAUGAACGGCAUCGAGAAGCAGAGCAGGAAGCAGUAGAGAGCACGGUGGAGAGGAAUGGGCGCACCAUGGCCGAGGCAAGUAAAGACUUGGAAAAGAGUGAUCUACUGCAGUAUUACGCAUUGAGUGACCCAGAAGGUGGCUGUGAGAAGAAAGCUGAGAGCAAUUACUUACCCGUGGACUUUCAGGAGGAAAGGUCAAGAGACUCGUUGGGGGAUAAGCUCAGAGGCAGCUGUUCCUUAGAUUCAUUGUGUGAUGAAAUGUCCCAAGGCAAUGUAUCCAGGCAGGAGAUGUCAAGACCAGGGAGUAGUGUCAGAGGUUCACCCCGGGUCACCAUGUUUAAGAUCAAAGACAACACAUUCAAAGCAUCUCCUGUAACAAAAUCGGUGAGGCCCACCUUCCCCAAAACGGGGUCUGAUGACAUCGAGGAGAACGCCUGGAAGGAAACGCCGAGCAGGUACAGAGGAGAAGAAAGGUUGGAUGGUGACAAAGCUGAGGCUGACGUUGAGGCUGAGGAGAUGACUCCUCGCUCCUCAGUAAAUCCGCGGCCACACUCAGCAGCCAAACCCCCGGUUGUCCCUCCGAAAUCGGAAAAGGCUUUGCGUCGAGCCCAGAAGCUGACGAGCAGGAGGAAAAAGAGCGAAGGAAAGCAGUGGAAGCAGGGGACUCAGGACGCAAAGGCAGAGACUGCUCCACCUGUGGCUAAGGUGACGGAAACCCCCAAACGCGUGUCACCAUUGCCUCUGCCUGUUGUAUGUUCCCCGGUACCUACCAUGCAGCUUGAUCCCCAUCUAAUUCCAACCGUCCCCAACAUUGUAGCAUUGAAGAGUGGCCAGUCGGUCGCACCUAUACACUCAUUUCCAUUGACCCAGAGAAAGUUACUUCAGGAUCCUGAAACGGGUCAGUACUUUGUUGUGGACAUACCCAUCCAAGUACAGACAAAGACAUUGUACGAUCCAGAAACGGGUACAUACUUCCAAGUAUCCAUCCCUUCAUCAGGUCGAAACCCAUCCAGCGUGUCCUCACUAGAUUAUUUUAACACCUCUUAUGUAUUAUACCCUGGGUUUCUGUCCUUCCCCUUGGCAUCUCUACCAACCGUAAGGUCCUCUUCUCAAAUGUCAGCACCUGCCGUACUCUUGGACGUCCAAGAGGAGGCGGAAUCCUUAAAUGAAUGGACGGGCGAGGAUUUUCGGCAGACAGAAGAAGAGGGAUCUCAGCCUUACAUUGAAACGUUCUACGAUGCUCCGGAUGUUGACGAGGCGGGCAUUGAAGGUGAAACUCAGUGCAGCGAAAUGAACAAUGGCUUGCAGUCAGAAACCCCAGAUUUGGAAUUAAUUAUCACGGGGGACCUCGAGGAUAUCGCAUCAGAAAACACUUAGCGUGGGAGCUCUGAAGUACUUUGGAGCUCUGCAGAGAACAUCAGUACUCACAUCUGGAAUGACUCGUACUUGUGCUGCUUUGUAUGGUGGUUUGUAACUAUUCAGGUACUCACCUGGAUUUGGCGUAGAGAAUCGGCCACUCAAAUAAACAAGCCAAAAGAUG